AUGCAUCAGAACCGACAAGAGAGCAAACUCAAGUAUGUCGACGAGUUCUUGAAGCUCGAGUGCGCCCCGUCCCUGAUUGCCCUGAAGCUGUUCCCCAAUGCGAAGGAGAUCACUGAGAGCAUGGCUGUAUACACAGCAUUCCGACGCCUCCUCUCGGUUCAAUGCGCGGAUUUCGAUUCUUCUGACGCCUACGUCUUUGUUGGAGAUGGCACGACGCCUCGCACUGCUGCGAUCUUCGCUCAUCUGACUCGAGCGGGGAGAUGCAUCGCCAUAGAUCCCAUGCUCAAGCCGAGCUGUGCGGAAACCUUCGCUCCUUCAGACAGAACGAGAGACUACAAGGACUUUCUCACUGUCAAGGUUGGUGACGACUCUGUCAAGCACCCCUGGACCUCGAUAGAGCGCGUGCAGCUGCUACCGUACAGGAUCCAACAAGUUCGACUCAAGGUGAAGAGGAUGGUCCUGAUCAUGGUACACUGCCAUUGCUCGCUAGCAGAGGUCAGUGUUAGAGAGCAUCGAGCACUCGGUGAAGGCUAUGGCUUGUCGCGUCCCCGUCGCUCACGCCAAGUUGCACCGCAGGAGCUCGUCGGAGUAGUGACCUCCCCCUGCUGCAAGUGGUUCAAGCAUCAAGAGCACAUCGAGAAUGUCCCUCCCGUUGUCUGCCUCAAGGACCCUUGCAUGCUCUCCAGCAUGAACGACAUUCGUAUCUGGAGGUUCGCAGCGACUUAUCCUUCCUCUGCUGGCAACGUUUCAAACACCAGCGACAACGCCGAGACUCGACGCUCAGUGGAGCUCAGCGACUCGCAGAUCGCUCAGCUCGAGCAGGAGUUUGAUAGAUGCCCCCACUUGAACCGCCCGAGAGACCUGGCGGACUUCGCUCAACAGGUCGGAGCUCCGGUCCAGGUCGUCCGAGUUUGGUUCAAGCACCAACGAAAGCUGCGGCAGGACAAAGGGAAGCGAAGGGUGAGUGCGACUCUAGUAGACAAGGAGAACAUCAACAAGCGGAUCAACCUCCGAGCCUUCCUGAGGUGCGAGACCGAGGACGAGCUCAGCUCUGUCACGUGCGCGGAGUGCGUCAAGAACUCGCUGUCAGUCGUCGAGUUCCUCAGCUCGUCGGUCUGCUGGCAGCCUGUUGAGUCGUGCAUGCACGCGCUGGCGUCUGCUCUAGAGCAGGUGGACAGGCUGAAGAUGAAAGGGAGGUCAGAGUUUUACAACGUGGACCUGUACAAGAGCGGGUACGAUCCUGACGAGGACGAUGAGCGACUCAUCAGGGAGGGGAUGGAGACUGUAAGGAGGAUACGGGCUUCUCCCAACCUCCUCCUGUCGGAUCCCUUCCUCCGCGCGUGGACAGUCACGGGCGUCAUCUCCUCUUGCCUCUACAAGUCGAAGCGCCUGCCCACCGAGAUGAUCUUGCAGGACUUGGACGAGGGAGGAGGAGAAGCUACAAGCUCUCUCAAGGUCAUCUUCUCAAGGAGGAUGCAUGAGGACCCUGACCACGACUUCUUCUCUCGUAUCUCCUGCUACCGGUCCCCGUCCUCUCCUUCCACUCUGCCCCCUCUUCCUCUUCCACACUCUAUCUCCUCUACCUCCUCUUCCUCUUCCUCACUCUACCUCCUCUACCUCCUCUACCUCUUCCACACUCUACCUCCUCUACAUCCUCCGCGUCCUCUGACCUCCCACAGAGCUGGCGAUGUGGUGACGAUACAGGGAGCUCCUGUCUGGCAGACGUUCCUCGACCAGCCGAGGUGGUGCAUAUACGGAUGGAAAGUUUGGCUGAUCAAGACACGAUUGGCCAACACUAGUGUCUUCGAGUACUCCACUCUCUGA